AUGGCGUCUAUCACCCGUGCCCUGCGGCCUCUGUCCCGCACCGUACCCUCUCUCCGCCCAGUCGCAAUUCGACCCUUGACUAGCCGACUUCCUCAAAGCACUUAUGCCUUUUCUACCACAUGCCGACGGCGGGAAGCCGACUUGUCCAACCUCACACCCACGCCAAUCACACAUUUCUCCGAAACCGAGUCGCUGAUGGCCGAAACGGUAUCUAAGUUUGCCCAGGAGCAGAUUGGCCCGAAAGUACGAGAAAUGGAUGAAGCAGAGACUAUGGACCCGGCUUUGGUAGAGCAGCUCUUCGAGCAGGGUCUUAUGGGCAUCGAGAUACCCGAAGAAUAUGGCGGUGCGGGCAUGAACUUCACCGCGGCGAUAGUGGCAAUCGAGGAGCUUGCUCGUGUCGAUCCGAGCGUCAGUGUUUUGGUUGACGUUCACAACACCCUUGUCAACACUGCCUUCAUGAAGUGGGGUGACGCCCAAGUCCAGCGGACAUGGCUACCAAAGUUGGCCACCGGGACCGUUGGCUCAUUCUGUCUGUCCGAGCCCAUCUCUGGGUCAGAUGCCUUUGCUCUGCAGACAAAGGCCGAGAAGACGGCGGACGGGUACAAACUGAAUGGAUCGAAGAUGUGGAUUACCAAUUCCAUGGAGGCCGGCGUAUUCAUUGUCUUUGCCAACUUGGAUCCUAGUAAGGGGUAUAAGGGUAUUACCGCGUUCAUAGUGGAAAAGGACACACCCGGAUUCUCCAUUGCGAAGAAGGAGAAGAAGCUCGGAAUCAGAGCCAGCAGCACCUGCGUACUCAACUUCGACGACGUCGUCAUUCCUAAGGGUAACCUCCUGGGUGAGGAAGGCCAGGGCUAUAAGUACGCUAUUGGCCUGCUAAACGAGGGACGUAUUGGUAUCGCCGCCCAGAUGACCGGUCUAGCACUUGGCGCCUGGGAAAACGCCGCACAAUACGUCUGGAACGACCGUCGCCAAUUCGGUCAACUCAUCGGCGAGUUCCAAGGCAUGCAGCACCAAAUUGCGCAAGCCUACACCGAAAUUGCCGCCGCCCGCGCCCUGGUUUUUAACGCUGCUCGUAAGAAGGAAGCUGGCCAGGACUUCGUACAAGACGCUGCCAUGGCCAAGCUUUACGCCUCGCAAGUAGCCGGCCGCGUCGCUGGAUCUGCUGUCGAAUGGAUGGGCGGCAUGGGUUUCGUCCGCGAAGGAAUUGCGGAGAAGAUGUUCCGGGAUAGCAAGAUCGGAGCCAUCUACGAGGGAACGAGUAACAUCCAGCUGCAGACAAUUGCAAAGUUGCUGCAGAAGCAGUACACACGCUGA